GGGAAAUCCACCCUCACAUCACCACCAUCAUAAUCGCCGCGCUGCUCGAAUGUUGCGUUUGAGAUAAUCUUCUGUGUGGUUGGGGAUAUCUUGGUCGUCGUUCACAUACGGCACGAUGAACUUGAAAUUGCACCAGCCUGUUCGGAUAGCCAUUCUUGAGUGCGACACGCCCUUGCCCAAGACGAAGGAUAAAUUUCAAGGGUAUGGAGGCGUCUUUGAAGUCUUGCUGCGAUCCGGCGCAAAAGCAUUGGGUCGACCAGAUCUAGACCCUGAAACCGGCCUCGAGAUAUCCAAAUGGCAGGUCGAGCUGGAGCCAGAGCGUUAUCCUGACCCAGGGACGAUCGACGCCAUCCUGAUCACUGGUUCCAAACAUGACUCUUUCGCCGACACUCCAUGGAUCAACAAACUGGUCGAUUACACAGCAAUGAUAUCGUCAGAAACACAGGUCCGCGUCAUCGGCGUCUGCUUCGGCCAUCAGAUCGUAGGACGGGCAUUGAAAGCAGAAGUUGGACGAAAUCCUCUGGGGUGGGAAGCUGCCGUCACUGAUGUCGACUUGUCGGCGAAGGGAAAGGAGAUCUUUGGAGUGGACAAGCUACGAAUACACCAGAUGCACCGUGACUGCGUCUUCUACUAUCCAGAAGGCGUCGAAGAACUAGGAUCCUCCCCAGUCUGCAAAGUACAGGGCAUGUAUUCGCCUAAACGAUUGAUGACGGUUCAAGGGCAUCCGGAAUUCAACAAGGACAUCAUGCGCGAAAUUGUGGAUACUCGACAUGCCACUGGAAUCUUCGACGACAAGGCUUAUGAAGAGCAUGAGAAGAAAGUGGACUUGCCCCAUGAUGGGUUGAUCGUUAGUCAAGCAUUUCUGAGGUUUCUAACGGAAAAGUAGACCUGGGACUUGUCGUGGAGUCUGGACAGAUUGAGGGAUUCGGAUAGAGUCAGCCGGGGAAGAACUCAACAUUGUGCAUCGUUUUACAAGUUGGACGACCACGGACAGUGGCUGUCGGCAUAUAGCCUGGUUCUUGAACUCUCCUUUCGAUGUUGAUGCCCGCAGUCAUUCCUAUGACACCAUUCUGUCGGCAUCAGCAGCACCAGCAGGUAUCUUCCC